AUGUCUGGACCCAGAGUGACUCAUAAGUCUCAUGUUCAGGAAGCCGGAGCCGUACGGACCGUCGUGGUGGUGGCCGUGAAGAUCGAGCUGCCGAGGAGCAUCCAGGUGAGGCAGCGUGACCUACCGGGCCUGAGCAGCUCAGCAACUUGCAAUGCCUUGCUGGCUGCCGAGAUCAUCUGGGCGCUUUCUCUCGGCCCCGAUCAGAAGGAGGUUUGCACUGUGCACCUUUGGCCAGUCUCUCCUUUCGGCAUGUUCAGUGCCAACAUUUCGGUGCCCGCAAAUGCAUCGUUCGGCCCGGUGCCAUCGGUGAGUUUGUUCUGGGCACGGGCUGCGACACCUCAGGUGCUAAACAGCUGCGAGGAAUGGCGGAGGCAUCGUAUCCAAUAUCGAGAUCCGGUACUUCGAUCUACCCAGUUCGAUGUCCUCGUUGCUGAUCCACGCCCGCCGACGGCCUUCAUCAAGUUCAAGCACUUCCCCGCCUUCUUGCAGCCGGGCCGGCCCUUGCGGCUUGCACUGUUGCUCGAAACCUACACGGGCAUUCCUCUGCAGAACCAUGAUGUGAAGAUCGAGAUCUCAAAGACAGCGGAGGACAUGCUGCAGCCGCUGCCGGCUCCGGAGAUGUCGGAAGCCGAGGAUCGGGGAGAGAGGAGCACAGAGUUUGCCAGAUCGACCAACGCAUCUGGCCUGUGGUCUCAGGACGUGAUGUUUGGUCCGCAGCGUGAAGUAUCUUGGAUCCCGAAGUUGGGAGACGAGCUGACUGUGAAGGCCUCCGCACGAGGACCGACGGGUGAGCUUCUGGUACAGUUGCAGAAGCUGCCGGUCCGCUUGAGCCCAUACGAGGUGGAGAUCAGGACAUCGGCUGGCGUUGGUGGCGCCCAGGGGCCCCUUCCAGGACAAGACUUCACGGCCUGGGUGGAGUUGAAGGCCGCCUUCCCUGAAGAGAGCUGGAGCAUCGCACCAGGCCCAGAUGCUGCGAAAGUCUUCCUGGUCCCUGCUUUCGCGGAGGACGAGAAGAUGGCGCAUGGCGGCAGUUGCAUGGCCUGGGUGCACGCCCAAGAGGAGAAGCAGGCCUUGACACCAGACACGUUUGUGGAUGAAAGUGGCGAGCUGAUGGACGGCGACGACAGCGGAGAUAGCAGCGACGGUGGGGUCUCGGAGGCUCCGGAAACGGGCAGACUGCGAACGAUGCUGCGAUCGCAUUGGCCCAUCCGCUGCCUGCCACCGCUGGUGUUCACGUCUUUGCUUCUAGGGGCCCUCUUCUUCUAUUCUCGCCGGACCAAGCCUCUUGCUCGCGAAGUUGUCGGACAACCGGCAUCGCUUUACUCCGCUCAAUGCAUGGCUUGCGGCCGUCGCGAGGUACUGCAAUGCAUUGUGCAUAGUGAUGGCGAUAGGCAGCCGAGCGAGAAGAAUGCCAAGCGGCCACAGCGGCCGCAUGCUGAAGAGACUUUCAGCUGCAAUGACGGCUGCAUGAUCUGGCAAAAAAAUGUCAACGACGACGCAUGCCACUGCUCCGACUGUGAAGACGAGGAGGCGUGGAGCUGCGGAACUUGCGGAGUGGCUCUCCGGAGCCUGGGUGACGAGGGAGAAACGAUCCACGUCGCCAAAGUCCAACAGAAUCAAUAUGCAACGGACGUGGGGGUCGGGGUUGGAGUCGGCUUAUCCUCCGCCUUUGCCUUGGGCUUCGGCUUGGCCUUCGGUUUGGACUCCAAGCAAGUUCCCACCACUUCCUUGCCAGCGCUGCCAGUGUUGCCAGGAGAUUUUGCAAGAGGAAUCUACUACGUGGUCGUCGUCAAUCUCGGGUUGAAUGUCUUCAACGCAGUGCCCUUCCGGCAAAGCCGCUUGCUUAAGCAGGUCGUUCGGAGAACUGUUGCAACAAUUGGCAGGGUAAGCCUGUCCCUCGCCUCCUUGAGAUUUCCGGACUGGGACGAUGACGAUGACGAUGAUGACGACGACGGUCGCAGGCUGCUUCGAAAGCCGUGGGAGGCAGUUGACCUCGAUGUUGGCAUUCGAUGCGACAGCACCGCCACGGCAAGCGAAGUCGAGGCCCGAAUACGCAACCAAACUGCUUUCUCUGCUCAAGAGGUGAUGAAUUCUGAGCUUCAAUCUUCUGGAGCCACAGGUAAGAUUGAGAUUGUUCGGGUUUGUCGGCAGCAGAUCUCCUUGACGUCCCCGGCGGUUUGCCAGUUCAGGAUGCCGGCAGCUGAGAAGUAUGUGCUCGUCGCCAAGAUUGAUGUGCGUGGCGAAGCCGGCAUGGAGCUCAUCUACGGCUGCACUUUCAUCGGGCAGACAAGCAGGGAUUGGAGGCGCCGGCCAGUGGGCUCGCCCAAUGUAUUUGAUCGUUUCGAGGUGAAAACGGAGAAGCCUUCCUACGAAAUCGGGGAGACCAUACAAUUGGAGGUUUGGAAUCCCUUGGGCGUGAAGUCACGACUUCUCAUCUUCUGGGGCGAGCAGCCCGCAGUCGUCGAUGUCGAGAAUGUGACUGGCACCCACAAGGUGUCACUUGGUACAGUGAUGGAUCAGGAUUGCCCGAUGCGGCUGUGCCAGGCUUACGUCUUUGCAAGCAGCACGGAGGAUCCGAGCACCGUCUUGGAGCACGUUCCUCGCUCUAUUCACUAUCCCAAGGCUGCGCCAAUAUGGGCACUUCAAGAGGUGAAGUUCAACAUAUCCCGUCCUCACAACUCCCUGAAGGUUCAGGUGACCGCAGAAGCUGCCAGCACAGCUCCCGGCAGCGACGUUGAGAUCGAGGUUCAAGUCGAUCAGCGAGGGCAGGCAGAGCUGGCGGUGAUGGUGGUCGACAAGGCUUGGCUGGACUUGCGCCCAUCCAAGCUGCAGGAUCCGUUGAAGGCCUUUGAGCCCAACGAGAUCGAAGCACGGGGGCCAAAGUGGCAUGUCGUGACUUCCCUGGAUGGCAUCUCUUCCGGAGAUGCCCUUCAGAAGGCCACCAAGAUUGUCCGACAACGACUCGAGGAGAACCCAUGGGUGGGUUUCCUGAGCUGGCCGAUAUCCUUGCGCCGCACGGAUCAGUCAGAGCUCGACGUUGAUGACUACCUGGAACGGUGGGGACAGGAGUUGACAGAGUUCCCUCAUCCCCCUAUGGUUGAAGAGUUCGCCUACAGGAACGCUGGCGGGCCUUUGAUGAUGGCAAAGGGCAUGGCGGCGCCGAUGGCUCUGAUGGAGAGCGCUCCGGUUCCCGCUGGGGCAAAGGCUGUGGUGGGCGACGAUGCGUACGAUGCAGAAGCGGCGACGGAAGCUUCGGGGGUCACUGCGGAGGGCACUGGAAAGCAGGUGGUGCUCCGCAAGCGCUUCGCCAAGUUGGUGGCCCUCAAUCGGGCAUUGCUUGAGCCCGGCGUGAAUUCCUGGAGGACAAGAGUUCGGCUACCGCAGGACUUGUCCACGUACGUGAUUCGAGUGGUCGCCGUGUCACAUGAGGAAGGUGGAUUGUGGUCCUGGGGCUCGGCCGAGUCCUCCGUGCAGACCUCCCAGCUCGUGUAUGGAAAGCCACUGCUGCCAAGGAUCCUGCGCUUUAUGGACGUUUGCCGCAUGGGUGUGUCGGUCCAGGCUGUCGACGGUGAAUCAUCUCGUCCUUUUCUCGUGGAAGCCGUCAAGGUGCAGAACCUUCGACUUCUGGACGAGGCAUCGCAGAUGGUCACGAUGACCUCGACAUCUGCCGAGGUCCGCUUCACCUUUGCAUCCGACAUCUCCGUCGGUCCUGCAUAUGUUGUCUUCAACAUCAAGGAUGCCGAGACAAAGGCCGUCCUAGACUCCGUUGCAGCAAACAUCGAUGUGGAGGUGCAACAGCAGGGCUUUCGCAUGGCGUCAACCACGACCAUCCGGGCCAAUCCUUUGCAGGGCUCGGUGCGCAAGGAGGCCAUCGCUCCUUUGAGUGCAGUUCCCGGAUCGGGUGACAUGUCCUUUUCGGCAUCUGUUGGCUUUCAGGCUCCAAUUCUUGCAGCAAUACUGGAGUUAGCGCCGCGAUCCUACGAGCAGUGGCAGCCACUGGGCGAAGACAUCCUGGCUCUGCUGCUUGGUGGCCUCAUCAUUCGUGUCGGCUAUGGUCUCGAGGCGGCACAUGAAGGCCUUGCUCGUGCCAUAUCGGCUGCUGAAGAGAGGCUGCCAAGACAAGUAGUCCCAGGGCUUGGCCUGGUGAAUGCGCCCCCGGAGCAGCGCUCUUGGCGAGCAGGUGAGCAACCUGAUCUGCUCCUGAACAGCCUGGCGCUGCUAACGCUGCGGGCAGCCCAGGCUCUCGGCCUCGUCCCGGGCACCUGGGCGCCUUUGGACGGAGGAGUUCUUCUGGAAGCUGCAUUGAAGGCUGUGGAGAAGCAAAGGAAGGACUGGGCGAGGUGUUGCCAGAAAGACAUGACGCUGGUCAGCUACAUCGGUCAAUGGCAUUUAGCCAUGUUCUUCCUGGCACACCCUCCCGCACAAUCCAGGCAGGAUCUUCAGCCUCUGUGGGAGGAGCUUCUCCGUGCAGCCAUCACUGGUCCCAAAGGCAGUGAGCUUGACAUCCUGACACGCAUUGCCUCGGCACAGCUGCGUCGCGGCCUGGUGCCGUCCUUUGGUGCCGACCGUCGCGCCUUUGUGACCGCAGAAGCCUUGCUGUCUCGAACACGAGUACAGGGCCCCACGGCCUACGUUGCUUCAGCAGAAGGCAGUAUGCACUCGGCCAGCCGGUGGAUCCAGUCGCUCGCGCUGUGGCUCUGGUCUGGUUUGCCCUCGUAUGCUCAGAACACCAUGGUUCCGCUGGUGGCGACCCAGCUUCUCUCGGCGGACCGGAGCCCUUGGCAGCGAAGCCUCCCGCCAAGGGAUCUGAUCAUGGUCUCGGUGAGCUUGCUGGCCUUCGAUUCCGCAACAGGUUCAUCGGUCAAGGCUGACAUUCCCCUGCAGAUCGUGUCGCAAUCCAAAACUCUGCUCAAUGUCGAGCUGCGGUCGGCGCCCCCGAAGCUGCUCACCGUUUGGACAGCCUGGCCCUGGAGUGAGCUUCCGGACACGCUUCCAAAGAGUGGCAUGGACCUGGAGAUCCAGGUCGGUGCAGGAAGCGGCCUUGCAAUUGUGAGCUAUGCAAUGGACCUCAUACCGGUGAAGCCAUUUCUGGAACCCCAGUUCAAAGGCAUCAUGGUGCAAAAGAUUGUCCAGAAGUUGGACGCUCGUGGCCACUGCCAUGGACCGGCAGUUCACAUCGCCAAGCCCGGGCAGUUGCUGUGCGUCACCAUCCAGAUAACCUCCCCAGAUGAUCUGGAUGAGGUUGAGGUUGUCGACCUCGUCCCGGCCGGUCUGGAACCCUUGGACGAAGCCUUAGCGGCUGCAGCCGCCGUGGCAGGCGAAGAGAAUGCAGGCGACAACAGUGCCUUCGUGUGGGGCUUGCUCUUGGGCCGCUCCUGGAAGCGGACGGUGCGGAGAGACGUUGUGCGCUGGCGAAGCGCAUACAUGUGGGGUGGCACGCAUACCCUAUCCUUCAACUGCAUCGCAAAUGCGCCAGGCGUCUACUCGCUUCCUUCGGCCAGAGCGCAUUCGGUGAAAUUUCCGGAGGUUAUGGGCUUCAGUGGCGCUGCCUCAUUCCUGGUCGAGGACACGGCAGAGAGUCCAAAUGCAGUGUCUGCCCCAAUGCUGCAGCAAUUUCGGCGCAACGUGGGUGCCGCCUUUCAGGUGGACCUGGGAUUGCUGGGCGCUUCUUCUGAGGGAGUCGCAUCUAUGUUGCCCGUGGCAUGUCCACAGGCCUGCCCUGCAGCUGGCAGCUGCAACUUGGCAAAGGGCAUUUGCGAAUGUGCUUCCUCCUCUGGGGACCUCCUUCCGUGCGAGGAUAUUUCCACACAGGAGCCUGGGCCUGUCCCCACUCAGAAGCCUUGGAGACACCAGGAGCCGCGUGUGCCACAUCUACCCGGAGGCCACGUAGAGGACCCGGAAGCCUUGGAUGCUUCCCACUCCCAAACAGUGGUGUUUGUGCUGCUCCUCGCCGUUGUGGCGGCCGGCAUCUAUUCCUACAUCGCGAGAACGAAGACUCCCAGGAACUUUGCACCGCCAGACAUGGAGUUGAGUUCAGAGCCGUUCGCAGCCUUGGAUGAGGAGAUGACGGCAAACGCUCGAUCACCUUUAACUGUUGAAGAGGGUCCCCGGCAACAUCUCGGUGGAGCUGGCGCCCUCGCAGCAACCGAG